GGGUUCUUAUUUCAGUCGGCUGCCAAGAACUCGAAGGGACGCUUUUGUUGUGUUUCGACCUGACGAAAAGCGUUAUUAAAACCUUUCAGACUUGUAUUGAUCACUCAUAAAUAAGCAAGAGGAGGACUAUGGUGCUGUCUGAAGGAAUGAUUGAAGAGUCUGGCCGCAACAGAAGCACCAUGGCAGACAGAAGACUACUGUUUGCUGAAAUGCGUGCACUAGAUCUGGACUCCAUCAGAUUGUCCACGUAUAGGACAGCAUGCAAGCUGAGAUUCAUUCAGAAGAGGUGCAAUUUGCAUUUGGUGGACAUCUGGAAUAUUAUCGAGGUGUUCCGGGAAAACAGACUCAACUCCAUGGACCUCAACACAGAGUUCUCAGUGUCAAAUUUGCAAGCAAUACUGUCCACCAUCUUUUACCAGCUGAACAAGCGCUUGCCCACAACCCACCAGAUCAAUGUAGACCAGUCUAUCUCGUUCCUCCUCAACUUCCUGCUAGCGGCCUAUGACCCGGAAGGUGUGGGAAAGAUCUCUGUUUUUGUGGUGAAGAUGGCCCUGGCUGCCCUCUGUGGAGGGAAGAUUUUGGAUAAACUACGAUAUGUAUUUUCACAGAUAUCGGACCCAAAUGGUAUAAUGAUAUACUCACAGUUUGACCAGUUCCUAAGGGACGUGCUGAAACUGCCCAUGACGGUUUUUGAGGGACCAUCUUUUGGGUACACUGAGCAGUCCACGAGAAGCUGCUUUCCACAAGAGAAAAAGGUCUCGCUCAAUGUGUUUCUUGACACAUUCAUGUCGGAUCCUCCUCCUCAGUGUCUGGUUUGGUUACCGCUGAUGCAUCGGCUGGCAAAUGUUGAAAACGUCUUUCAUCCUGUUGAGUGCUCCUACUGCCACGGCCAGAGCAUGAUGGGAUUCCGCUACCGGUGCCAACAAUGUGAUAAUUACCAACUUUGCCAAGAGUGUUUCUGGAGGGGCCAUGCCUCGGGCAGCCAUAGCAACCAGCACCAGAUGAAGGAGUACAUGUCAUGGAAAUCUCCAGCUAAGAAGUUGUCAGACGCUCUCAGUAAAUCUCUGAGCUGCGCCUCCAGUCGAGAGCCUCCUUACCCGAUGUUCUCCGAUACACCCGAGAAACCGCUCAACCUCACUCAUGUUGUUGACACAUGGCCUCCCAGACCUGUGAACAGUGGGAAUGAAUACAUGCUCUCUCACUCCAUGCCUUCCUCAGGAAACCCUUACUCCAGCAAAACUGCUCUUGAUGAGACAAAGCAAAUGAAGCUGUUUUCCCGGACGACCCCAGAUCUUUUAAAAGGCAAAGGGGUUCAGUACAGCCUCGAUAUUGCGGAUAGGCUCGCAGACGAGCACAUACUUAUCGGACUUUAUGUGAAUCUCCUCCGAAAGGACCGUUCAUGUUUCCAAGAGAGCAGUAAUAACCAAGAUGAUGAGCACUGCCUCAUUGCCCGUUACGCCUCCCGAUUGGCUGCUGAUGGAGCUGCAGUGAAGACCAGAGUCCCAGCAGACAUCUCUCUCUGUCUGGACACCAAUAAACAGCAGCGGCAACUUAUCGCCGAGCUAGAGAACAAGAACAAGGAGAUUUUGCAAGAGAUACAACGCCUGAGACAACAACAUGAAGAAGCUUCCCAGCCUCCAUUAGACAAAAACCAACAAAACCCAAUGUUACUGGCUGAACUGAGACUGCUCAGGCAGAGGAAGGAGGAGUUGGAGCAGAGGAUGUCGGCUCUUCAGGAUAGCCGCCGAGAACUUAUGGUCCAACUAGAACACCUCAUGCUUCUGUUAAAGGAAGAAGAGCUAAAAAGAGCUAACCAAGGCCCUGGCCACUCCCCUCGCUCCUCCCCCAGCCACACGAUCAACAUCCAAUCAGUGUCCGGCAAUACCACACCCAUCCCCAUGCCUGUCCAAUCAACAUCCGGCAAUACCACACCCAGUCAGACGCCUCAGGACUCGCUAAUGGGCCUGGGAGGAGAGGUGCAGCAGGCCUUCGCUCUGGGCUCCAGAAGGAAUUUAAGAAAUGAUCUCCUGGUAGCUGCAGACUCCAUAACCAACACGAUGUCUUCAUUGGUGAAAGAACUUAACUCGGAGGCUGGGAGUGAAACAGACCUCACAUUCUCAACGUCAGACGUUCUCCACGCACGGAGCGCUUCAAGAUCAGGGGCAGCAGGGAAGCUGGAGCCUGGGGAAUUCUAUGGACAUGAUCUGGAAAAGCAGCUGAACAGAAGCCUGAAGAUGGAGGAACGCCUCAGACACACACAGGAACAGGUGACUUUACAAGAAUAGCUGCGUUUAAAUAAGCAAUGGGAGAUGGAGCGACUCUGAAGCACUGUGCAACCACCAGACCUGAGCUGGAACAUACAACACUUCUGAAAAGCAUCAACUCACAACAAUACUGUGGUACACAACCCAAUCUAUAAAUAUAGAAAUAUAUUUUUAGAAUGUUUUAAGACAAUACUGUGAACUAACUUUGAAAAUUUCAACUAAUGGAACUGUCUACAACACCACCAGUGCCAUAAAUCCAAUGAUUACGAGAUUAUUUCAUUUACUCGGUGUUAAUGUGUUCAAGUUUGAUUUGUUUUCGUGUGUAUCUGUUCAAAACUUGUACUGUAUUUAAAUAUAUGUUAGGGGAAGUGGGGGUGGUCUUUACUAAAGCUGCUAUCUUUACAAACAACAUCUUUUAUUGUACAUUACGUGCAGAAUACCCUGACCUGAUGGUCUUUUAAAGCAUAUCAAAUAUUAGGAUAUUGUUGUAGCUUCAGUUUCUCGUUGAGAGUAGAAUAAUUUGAGACUUCGUCAUAGUCUUUGAUACACAAAUACACUGCCUUAGCUGAUCAGACUUAGUUUAUUUUAAUAGGUGGGUAGGUAUGUGUACUUUGUUGCAAUUUAUUCAUUUUUAUAGACAUUUGAAUUAAUAAGAACAGUACAGAAACGGACGAAUCUCGUGAAUACACCACCAGGUCAC